CGACGGUGAAUUUUACGUCAAGCUUGAGAUGUGGGCGUGAAGAAGGGAGAGAAAAAACACGAGGCAUCACCGCCUUCUCUUAACGGGGUGCACCAUUUCACUUCACUGCGCCACGCCGACAGCGGGAAAAAAUCACAAAGAGUUUCUGAAUAGCUGCGUGAACUAAACAGCGAUGUUCAGCGUUCAGUUUUGGCAAUCUUUUCCCCUCACAGCUCUCUAAAACCGGCACACACUCCAAUGGUUUUACUGGACGUAGGAUGGGAUUAACUUUGUCUGGAAGAUAUAUUUCAUUGUUUCUUGCUGUUCAAAUAGCCUAUCUGCUGCAGGCGGUUCGAGCGGCGGGGAAAUGUGAAACAGUGUUCAAAGGCUUCUCCAACUGCCUGCUUCAACUGGGAGAGAACAUGGCCAACUAUCCACAGGAACUGGACGAGAAGGAAAACCUUCAGACCAUCUGCACUUACUGGGAUGAUUUCCAUUCGUGUGCGACCACCGCUCUGGCAGACUGUCAGGAGGGAGCCACGGAUCUGUGGGAGAAGCUGAAAAAAGAGUCCAGAAACCUGGACUUUCGCGGCAGCUUAUUUGAACUGUGUGCUGGCGGGAACGGCGCGAGCCGAUCAACGGUUCCUUUCGGCGUGACGCUGGUCCUAACGGCACUGUCUGCGCUCGUGACGUGGAUGCAGUUUUAACCCACGGGAAGAGAAGAAGAAGAAGAAGAAGAAAAAUCAAAGAAGAGAAAAAAAGAAAGAAAAGAGAGGAAAAAAACAGACAAACCAUCAACACAAGAUUAAAAAAAAAAAAGAAUAAGUAAUGACGAUCAAAAUUCAUCCUCACCCAAAUGGAUUUAUAUACCUACUUCAUCUGGAGAAAAGACGUUUUUUGCAAGAGACAAUGGCAAGGAGAAGUCUUCUGGGAAUGCUCAAGCACAUUUGCCUGACUCUGGGUCGAUUUCAUGAAAUAUUUAUCAGAUAUUGAGUUGAAACGACGGCCUGAAUUUCUGAAAGGGUCCCGGUCAGAAGCGUAGUAUUUUAUAACAUUACCGUCUGUUAUGAAUUAUUACCGUAGGCUUUUCACGUCCUCAACGGCCAUCAUGCGUUAGAGAAAGAUAGGACAUGUUCUCCCGUCCGUUUGUUUUUUAUAUGCUCUUUGUCGAUAUUUAGUUUUUCAUUUAUCAGAUUUAUUUUAGUCAAGCCAAGUAUAUGGAUGAUGAUCCGGAGGAAAACACGAGAAACGUGUCUAAUAAUAACGAAGCUCGAAGUAAUAACCUAGUCAUUAUGAUAUUAACAAUUAGCCUAUAAUAAACAAACCUCAGGAAUGAUGAAAGGCGUCUAUUUAGCGGCAUACAAGAGCGCAGAGAGAGAAUAUAUAUACAUAUAUAUAUAUAUAUAUAUAUAAUAAAAGACUUUAUUAAGUAAAAAAAAAAACAAGUGUCAAUGUAGCCAUGAAGAGGCUGUGAGAUAGUUGACUGUUGCCAUUUUUCCCCCUUAAAAUGCUUUUCUAUUCCAUUCAAAGGAGAAUCGUCUCUUUGUACGUAGGGCACAUAACAGUAUAAAGGUAACACUUUACAUUACGGUGUCCGUGUUGCAUUAAACAUACGUGCGAUUACAAGCGAGCAGCUCCAGAAAACAGUCGCACGUCGAGUAGUUCGUCGCUAUAACGCAGUACUUACACGGUAAUUACACCGCAACGUAAAGCGUGGCCCGACAGUUUAGUAGCACGACAGCAUCUGGACCUUGACGUUAAUAGUUGGAUGACGUGAAUUUUUGCUAGCUUUAUUUGAUGUUGCCAAGGCGUUAGACCACGUUUCACUGCCUUCGGAAGAUGUGUAUUUCGUUCGUCCGUUCGUUUGUUCGUUUCCGGGGAUGUUGCAUAUGAAAAUACCUGAAUAUUCAAAACCACGCGAGCAAACAAGAGGUGUGCGCGGAGUGAAAAGAGAGAUGCUUUAACCGAAACCGUUUUAAAACAGAUUGAUCAUACAGGUAUAUAAAAUAGACUGCUAAAAAGAAGUAUUUAAAAGAAUUAAAUAAAAAACAGUUACUGUUUGAAAGAGA